AAAUUUCGAACAAGGAUGAAAAAUAUUCAACAUGGCGGCGCUCAGGGCACUUUUUCUGAGAGCAAACUCAUCCAGUUUAGCCCGUUUCUCGGCUGUAAGGCAACCAAUUGUGAUUUCAAAAAGACUUUGUUGCUCGGCGGAGAAAGUCACUCAUACAGGACAGGUCUAUGAUGAAGGAGAUUACAGAAAACUUAGAUUUCUUGAUAGAGAAAAAGAGGUAAAUGAGAAAUUUGCAAUAGAUCUGGUCCAUGAAGAACCACCAAUAGUCAUCAAUGGAAGGAGUGUUAAUUGUGACGGAGGUGGAGGUCCAUUAGGUCAUCCCAAAGUCUUCAUUAACUUAGAUCAACCCGGAAUUCAUACAUGUCCUUACUGUGGAAGAAGAUACGUUGCUGCUGUACACUACAAUCCAACAGAUGACCAUAAUUGACGACGAUAUAUAGAGAUAAUUUAUCAGUUUUAUGUACAGUUAUGUAUGGGAGUGAAUGAUCCAUUUAAGAAGUGUCAGUGAAAAUCAAUUGAACAAUAUUUUCCAUACCCAAACAUGGGUUUUAUGACUUGAUGAAUCCACAUAGCUCUAAUCAUUCACUUUAUUCUAAUUUUUUAUGUAUUCCACUGCAUGAAGGAAAACAUCGUUUGGAGAAAAAAGGAAUCCUAAGUUGAUGUAUUUCAUUGCAAGGAGAGUUGUGUAUUCUAUAAAGCACACUGUAUAAAUUUGACAUAACAUUUUCUUGUGAAAAAAAAUGUAAAAACUGUUUCAUUUGAACUGACGAUAAUGGACUUUGCAUAGAAGAGGAUGUGAGAAGAAGUUGGUGUUGAUAACCAAUUUUGUUUCAGAAAGUAACAAUUAUUGUUUUCAAGCUGUGAACUUUAAGAUUUUAAGACUAAGUUGAGAUAUUGAAAUUCUAGGCACAUUAAAUAUGGAUUUGUAUAAUAGUUGA